CGGAAGUUGUCGUAGGCGAAAAAAUGGCGACUUCCGGUUCAAAUGAUUAGUUAGAUUCCUUACCUUCCAACGUGGCUAUUUCAGUUAAUUAGGGUUAUUUCUACAUAUUUCAUAUACCGGCGCCUAUUAACUCUUUACAGGACGGAGUCUAUAUUAAGAAAUGGAAGUAGACUCUGCUCCUGCCCCACCAGGCACUUUAUACAAGCUGUAUAAAACAGUUUCAAAUCGUCAUCAAUACUACCUUGACAAGGCAACACCCCAUCUUUUACCAAGGUGGAUUUUUGCUGUAGUAUUAGUUAUUGCAUACUUCCUUAGAGUAUUCUUUUUACAAGGCUGGUAUAUAAUUACAUAUGCAUUAGGUAUCUAUUUGCUGAAUUUGUUUAUUGCCUUUCUUACACCAAAAAUUGAUCCUGCUGGAUUUGAAGAUUCAGAUGGAGAUGAUGGCCCAUCACUGCCUACAAAAAAUAGUGAAGAAUUUAGGCCAUUUAUGAGGCGGCUUCCUGAAUUUAAAUUUUGGUAUUCUUUUACUAAAGCAAUUGUUGUGGCCAUGAUUUGCACAUUUUUUGAUGCAUUGAACAUCCCAGUCUUCUGGCCAAUUCUGGUCAUGUAUUUUAUCAUUCUCUUUACACUCACCAUGAAGAGGCAAAUCAAGCACAUGAUCAGGUACAGAUAUCUACCAUUCUCUUAUGGCAAGGCUCGGUACAAGGGUAAAGAGGACACAGGAAAGGUCACCACAGUGUGUGACAUCUAGUGAUUAAUGCCCAGCUGGUUGCAUCUGUUAAAAACACCAUCACACUAUUUUUCUGGCAACUCAAAAUGUUUACAAUGGACCUAAAAAUAAAAAGAACUUGUCUAAAUAAGCUAAAUAUAUUUUGAAAACAAUUUGCAAAUAAAGAUUUUUUUCUUAUAAUUUC